AUGUCGGGUGACAAUUCUCUUCUUAGUGAGUUAAUAAAAAUCAUUCAAAGUCACUCACAAAAUUGUGCACAAGAUGAAGCUGGGAAUUCUAUUCCUUGUGCACAUAGUAGCCCCAAAUCUAGUGGAAUAGAUUUGCAAGGGAGAGGGGCUCAUGGACGCCACAGAGAACAACAUAAUACACAGGAAGCCAGGACUAGUCCUGGGAGUAAUUCUGAACGAUUCCAUGUUCGUCAGCAGAAUGAAGACGACUACACAAGAUACCACAACAUGGACUUUCACAAUUGGUUAAAUAAAUCUUUUGUACAUAACAAUGUAAGAGAACAGGAACAGCAUAAUAGUAAUCAUACUACUUAUAAGGAUAAAUGUAAACAUUUUAAGAUGCUGUUGACCAAGUACAAGAGUUUGUCUGUGGAAAAUUGGUAUUUUAGUAGAUGUCUUCAUGAGCACAUUGUACCUAAGGGACUUAGAAUUACUAAAUUUCCAAAUAAUAUAGAUUUUGAAACAGAUGAAGUAUUAUUUAAGGAAAUAUGUGCUAUUUUUGAUGAAUGUGGACUAUCUGUCAUUAAGGCACUUAUGAAGCACAAUGAAAGUAGAAUGGAAAAAGACAAGAACACUAUAGAUAGACUAUACAAGGAGAUAUCUGAAGAUUUAUUAUUUUCUAUAGAUGAAUAUAAACGAAUGUAUUACAGAACUAUACAAGACGUUGACUCUAGUACAUCACAUAACCACAAUAGGAAAAUAUCUAAGUUAAGAAGGGACUUAAAGGACUAUGAGUCUAACAAUGCCUACAAUGACAAUACAUCUCACUAUAGACAAUAUCAGGCUCGGGGUGUCAAAUAUUACAACUACCCACAUUAUAUUGACCAUAACAGGGAAGGGACAUAUGAGGUUAACAAUGAUGAACAUCAGAACCAACAUUCUGUUGGUGAUAGAAAUGACAAUGGGGUCAAUUAUCAGGAAGAGUACUACACCAAAAUGGACAUUUCUGAUACUUUUUUCAAACUUUUUGCAAAAGGUUUUACUUUUGUGCCACACCAAACUCCUUGUAUCAGUAAUAUACUAUUGGAUAUAAAACUCUUUACUAGAAGGUUGAAUUUAUCUGUGAUUUUAGGGAAUAAUAUAAGUGGUAAUGACUCUAAAAGGUUAAAAAGACGUAGUAUUUACAACCCACCUCUCCAACAUGACAUUCAAAGUUUUGAGAAUGUUGGGUGUAAUGUCAUUAGAAGUAAUUACCCCCACCAUUAUAACACUGGUUUGACAAAUUUGACAGAAGAAGAAAAUAAGCUUCUGGUACCAUUAAAAAGUAACAAAAAAGUUAGAAUAAUGAAACCUGACAAAGGCGGUGGCAUGGUCAUCAUGGACCAGUGGGAUUACAUGAGGAGAGUGUUGAACAUACUGAAUAACAAAAGUUAUUGUACAGUAUCUCGUAACGAAAUAAAUAUUGCAUAUUCUAACAUUGAUUUUACUCUUGAAGAUAAUUUACUACAAGGGUUAUAUGACAAAGACUUAUUUGAAUUCUUUAUGGUUAGUAAACCAGUAGUUCCAGCAAUUUUCGGUAUGCCCAAAAUUCACAAAUGUGUCACUGAUCCCCCUAUGAGACCGAUUGUGUCUGCACAGGGAUCAAAGACACAACCACUAGCCAUUUAUAUUGAUGUCAAAUUGAAGGGUUAUCAUUUGAAAUACGAGCAUUUAUUGAUUGAUUCAUGGGAUCUACUAAGAAAAAUAAACAACAUAAAUUACAGUGAUGAAAUUAUCUUCGUAACCAUUGAUGUUAAAGAUCUUUUUAUGGUAAUACCCCAUGACAUAGGUCUAACAUGGUUUGAAGAGAUACUUAUGGAUAUGGAUACACUCAAACCGGAAGAAUUUCGUAUUAUACUUGAAAAUAUGGAAUUGGAUGCACUACUGAAACUUGGGUCUACUGUUGACACUGAAUCCCUGCUUGAAGCUAUUCAGGAAGGAAUUGCAGCAUUACUUCCAAAAGUGGAAAACAGCUUUAUCUAUUUGCUUGAUAGAGAAGUGAAUAAGUUUGUGUGUGAUGACCCUACCCAUGAGCUACCACAAGAUGGCAAAGUGAGGGAUGCGGUAGAAAAGCAGAAGCGCAUAGAAUGCAAUGGACUCUCCCAGUCUGAACUGCAAGAAAAGCAGAUUAACAGCCUUGUUGCACCCUUACCACCUGACAAACGAGUUCUCAUUAUCCCUCUGGUGGAUCAAGAAGCCGAGAAGGUGAUAGCAGUUAUCCUGGUUCGCUGCAGCCAGCUGAAGGAGGCAGAUGGCCAGACACUUAGCAUUUUGGAAAAGCACAUGUCAGUAGCAUGUAAAAGGGUUCAGUCACUGCAGAAAACCAGCAGCUGGCCAAAGCUCAGUUUGACAUGCACUUCUUCUCAGAACUCCCUGGCUAAGCCAGACACAAUGGUAAAUGGCACUUACAAUGAGAUGGACUCUAAGAUCCUGAAGCUUUGUGGUGAACUUUAUGACCUGGAUGCGGCUUCCCUUCAGCUGAAAGUGAUUCAUUAUCUCCAGCAAGAGACACAAUCACCAUGCUGUUGUCUGUUACUUGUCUCUGAAGAUAAUCACCAGCUAUUCUGUCAGGUUGUUGGAGACAAGGUUCUGGAAGAAGAAAUCAGUUUUCCUAUGACCUUUGCUCGCUUGGAACAGUUUGUAGAGAAGAAGAGAUUUCUCACACUGCAGGACAUAAGUGAAGAGGAGCAUGCACAACUGAACAGUAUACUGGGCUUUGAGGUCUACUCCAUGUUGUAUGUUCCUGUCAUCAGCCGAGCCACUGGCCAGGUAGUAGCACUGGCAUGUGCUUUCAACAAGAAAGGGGGGCAGAAGUACACAGAGGAAGAUGAGCACAAAAUCCAACACUGCUUCUGUUACACAUCAACAGUAUUAACCAGUACGCUGGCCUUUCAGAAAGAGCAAAAACUUAAGUGUGAAUGUCAGGCUUUGCUUCAAGUAGCCAAAAAUCUGUUUACACAUUUAGAUAAUGUUUCUGUACUAUUACAAGAGAUUGUAACAGAAGCAAGAAACCUUAGCAAUGCAGAGAUCUGUUCAGUGUUCCUGUUGGACAGAGGUAACAAUGAGCUGGUGGCGAAGGUGUUUGAUGGAGGUGUUGUGGAUGAUGAGAAUAAUGAGUUCAGAAUCCCAGCAGAUCAAGGAAUAGCAGGUCACGUGGCAACUACAGGCAAAAUUUUGAACAUCAAGGAUGCCUAUUCUCACCCUCUCUUCUACAGAGGCGUAGAUGACAGUACAGGAUUCAGGACAAGGAACAUACUUUGCUUCCCCAUUAAGGAUGAAAACAAUGAAGUGAUAGGGGUAGCGGAGUUGGUAAACAAGAUCAAUGGACCCUGGUUCAGCAAAUUUGAUGAGGAUCUGGCAACAGCAUUCUCCAUAUACUGUGGAAUUAGCAUUGCACAUUCUUUGUUGUAUAAGAAAGUGCACGAAGCUCAAUACAGAAGUCAUCUAGCCAACGAAAUGAUGAUGUAUCAUAUGAAGGUUUGUAGUGAAGAAGUCAAAAAGGUCCUGAUGCAUGACAUACAACCUGUAAAUAUGUUCCAUCCGAAUUUUGCCAGGUUUUCAUACACUCCACGUUCUCUUCCAGAAGACAGUACUGCUAUGGCAAUUUUAAGCAUGUUUGAAGACAUGGGAUUCACUACUAACUACAAGAUUGACCAGCAAAUCCUAGCAAGGUUUUGCCUCAUGGUGAAGAAGGGCUACAGAGAUCCUCCUUAUCACAACUGGACACAUGCCUUCUCUGUGUCACAUUUCUGUUACCUUCUCGACAAGAACUUGGAGCUGUCAAAGUAUCUUGAAGAUAUUGAGAUUCUUGCCCUGUUUGUGUCCUGCAUGUGCCAUGAUCUUGAUCAUAGAGGUACUAAUAAUUCAUUCCAAGUGGCAUCGCAAUCAGUAUUGGCAGCUUUGUAUAGCUCUGAAGGAUCUGUCAUGGAGAGGCAUCACUUUGCUCAGGCAAUUGCCAUCUUGAAUACCGACGGAUGCAAUAUCUUUGAUCAGUUCUCAAGGAAGGAAUACCAAAGAAUGCUGGACCUAAUGAGAGACAUUAUCUUGGCAACUGACCUAGCACACCAUUUACGUAUCUUCAAGGAUCUCCAGAAAAUGGCACAAGUUGGCUACAAUCCAAACAACAGGCAUCACCACAGCCUACUGCUCUGCCUCCUUAUGACUUCUUGCGACCUUUCUGAUCAGACAAAGGGCUGGAAGACCACCAGAAAGAUAGCUGAAUUGAUAUACAAGGAGUUCUUCUCACAAGGAGAUCUGGAAAAGGCAAUGGGAAACCGUCCAAGUGAGAUGAUGGACCGUGAGAAAGCAUAUAUUCCAGAGCUGCAGAUCAGUUUCAUGGAGCACAUUGCCAUGCCAGUCUACAAGUUGCUUGCUGAAAUUUUCCCCAAAGCAUCAGAACUGUAUGAAAUUGUUGCAUCCAACAGAGAACAAUGGAUCAAGGCUUCUCACAAAUUCACUCUUCGUGGGUUGCCCAGCAAUAAUUCCCUUGACUUCCUGGAUGAAGAAUAUGAUGCCCUCAUGGCUGCUGAUGAAAGUGCAAAGAUGAACGGUUGUGUGAAUGUAAAAGGACAAAUGGCAAGUGCUGAAGAAUGACACAGGUUGAAAAAGAAAAAGGAACCAGCCAUUGCUUACCGAAGUAUUCAAUGUUCUAUUUCAAAUUCAUCUUGACUCAGAGAAUAUAGAGAAAACAACAAAACAAA